GUGGUUGGCUAUGGUGGACGGGUGUCGGUGAUGGAGGAAGAAGAAGGGUUGGAGGUGGUCGGCUAUGGUGGACGGGUGUGGGUGAUGAAGGAAGAAGAAGAAGAGUUGGAGGUAGUUGGCUAUGGUGGACGGGUGUGGGAGAUGGAGGAAGAAGAAGGGUUGGGGGUGGUUGGCUAUGGUGGACGGGUGUGGGUGACGGACAAGGAAGGAGGGUUGGGGGUGGUCGGCUAUGGUGGACGGGUGUGGGGGAUGGAGGAAGAAGAAGGGUUGGGGGUGGUUGGCUAUGGUGGACGGGUGUGGGUGACGGAGGAGGAAGGAGGGUUGGGGGUGGUCGGCUAUGGUGGACGGGUGAUGCGUGGACGAUCCAGGAGGUGGGGCCAAGCAGGAAACAACCCAUCUCCCCCGAGGCAGAAGUCCCCAAGCUGCUCAUCACCUUCCUCUUCCCGGGGACAGCCAACAGCACAGGCUCUGUCAGCUCAAGAAGAAAUCUCGUCCUCACCACCCCCGGGAGGGUUGUCUCCUGUCACAAAUGAGUCCUCAUCUUCUGCAACAACAGGUUCGCUGCCGCAGAAAGCGGCAAGUCCUCCGAUUGCACAGAAGCCCACCACCAGGGAAGUACCUCCUCGUUCAUCAUCACCAUCCUCAAGCAGGAGUGUCAUUCCGGCUGUUGGAAAGGAGGACUGCUCUCAAGACUCGAGUCGUGUAGCGGGGGAGGACAACAAAUGGGCUGAGCAGCAGAUGACUGAUAGUCGGGGGGGUAAAGGCCGUGUUGCCGAAAGCCUAAAUAACUCUGUGCCUCUGGAUGGAGGGAAAUCCUUGGGAAGUGAUUGUGCCGGUGAGGGAAAUUAAUUAAAAGAUGAUGGAUGAGAGGGAAUAAAUUCCAUAUAUCUAUGCCACUGCAUUAGGAUGGGUGACUGACCAUCUGUUCGUGGUAGGUGUUUUCCACAGAGAGCUUGAUGGUGAAAAAGGGACCAAAAUCCCCAUGUAUGAGAGGGAUGGCAGAGUGUUUUGCGUUCUUGGGACUGCUGACCGUCUCAAAAUUGUUUCUUGCCUCAAUGUUUGGCUGUGCAGAGAGGUUUUGACCUGUGGAACCCUGUACGCAGGUCGAUUGCCAUAGACCUGCUUGUGGAGGAAGCCAAGCAGUGGAAAACGGUUUCCCCAACUGUAAAACUUCACAAUUAGGGCUCGUGAUUGGUUCUCUUGUGUUAGUAACUUAGUAUCGAGUUGAAAGCACAAUUGCCCUGCCUCUUCCUUUCAUCAAUCAAUGAGUUGUUUCCUGGCAGUUGUGAAUAUUCCUCCCUCCGUGUGGUAUUCAGCCGUGCUGUUUCAUGCUCUCACCCUCGGGCCCAUGGGUCCAUCAGUCCCAUGUUCAUAGCACAUAGUCCGUCCUGAUUCCCCCUCACCUGCUACACAAUGCCCCACAGUAUGUUGUCAGCAGCAAUGUUGCAUGGAAUUGCUGCUGCCGCAGUGUCGGGGACAGUGGCAGCAGCAAGUGUAGUUGGCAUGUUAGAAACUAUAUAUGCUUUUGCAGGCAUUCUUCACCAAGUGUCGGCACAGCGCCACUCAGCUGUAUCCUCACCAAGAACCAUUCUCGGCCAGUCCAUCAUAUGCACGCUCAGCUGUUUGCCUCAGUGCCGUCCGUCAAACUCCUAUUCGUUCAUUCAUGCUAUAAUUACCAUUUGUCGCUACCGCGCCUGAGGCUUUAUGGGCAAAUUUGCCUUUUUUAAAGUUUUUUACACCACCUGUUUUUCUCCUUGCAUGUUCAAAUUUCGAAAUCAGCUGAGAUGAGGUCGUACUCGCACUAGCGCUUUCAUAAAUGAAUCUGACUUCAAGUACGGCCAAACCUGGAUGCAUGUGACCGCAAUCAAGUCAAGAACUCGGUAGAAAAGGUCCAAGUGUUGAGCAUGCCCGGAGAAGGGGGGAUCCAGGGUGCUCGAAACUUGGCUAACGAUCAUUCGACAAUUCAUCAGCCCCAUUGUGCAUGCCACAACAGGGCUGCAUGAUAAUGUGUUGCAGAGAAUGUGAGGCAGCUGCAUGGCAAGUGCCAUGAUGUGCGGUGGUUGCAAUGUGAAAGAUUACUACCUAUCUGUCAGUGGGUGGAGCGCUUCUCACCACAUGGUUGCACGGAUGCCAGCCCAGCAGGUCAAAGGCGAUGCUGGAUGGAAGACGAUUGCUCAAGGUUUGUAGUGGUUGUGGAUGAUGAUACAGACACUCACCUGGCAUUCAGCAACAUUAUGUUGCGGGAUGAUCAGCAGAACAUGGAGAGGGUGGAAGCUGUACAGUAGUGAAAUAGUUUUUAAAAUAAGAUUAAUGGUGUGCGAGAAGAGGGGAGGAGGGGGGCGGGGGGGAGCUGUAGCAGUAGGAGUAAUAGGUUUGAUAGCACCACACGACCCAGUCAUUGGUGGGUUUUAUGUGAGAUAUAUACAUUCACAUGUACAUGUGUUUUGCUCCUUGUGCUUUGUGUAACGCCCUAUUGUAACCCUCCUUUUCUGUUUCCUGCUGCGUGCACUCAGUCUCUGGCUGAUCUGCAGUCCAGACCUAAGCUGUUCACGAGCUCUUGUCAACAAGCAAAUGCUUCAAGUUAGAGAAGCAACAAAAUUUGUCUUUCAAG